UCUGGGUUUCUCUUUUACUUUGAACGUCAAAAUUAUGCAAAUGACGCUGAACGUGCAGGCAACUGAGGACAGGCAUUUCAAAAUGGCGAAUCGCGACAAGGGUAAAGAGCUGGAGGAGGAGAUUUACGACAAGGUGGUGGACCUGACAGAAUAUGCCAAACGACAGAGAUGGUGGAACCGCCUGUUCGGGAAGAACUCCGGACCUGUAGCAGAGAAAUACUCAGUGGCUACACAGAUAGCCAUCGGGGGAGUGAGUGGAUGGUGUGCAGGAUACCUGUUUCAGAAGGUGGGGAAAGUUGCUGCUACAUCAGUAGGAGGAGGCCUGCUGCUGUUACAGAUAGCAAACAAUAGUGGCUACAUCCAGGUGGACUGGAAGAGAGUAGAGAAGGACGUCAACAAAGCAAAGAAGCAACUAAAGAAGGGAACCAAUCAAGCGGGCCCGGAGUUGAACACAUUCAUGGAGAAGACCCAAGAGUUUGUGAAGAAAAACAUUGUCGUCACGAGUGGAUUCAUCGGAGGAUUCCUGCUCGGCCUUGCCUCUUAGGAUCUGCCAAAAAGAAGCGUCUGUAUUUCUGGGAUGUAAUGAAAGCUUUAAGGAAAGAGUAAACCCUUUCUGGAGGUGUUUUGAAUAGCAAACAACCAAUCUGUGAUCGUAGCUUUAAGCUAUGCGUCUCUGUUAAAGCUGCACAUCUAAAUGUCUAUUGUCAAACUGUACCUCUGUGAAGAGCACUGUGGGAUUUAUUGAUUAAACCAGAAUGGCCUACUUAAAAAAAACUCCACUUUGCAGGCCAAAUAAAAAACAUAUCAUGCAAAUUGAAUUUUAGAAGCCAUUGAAUUGUUGUAGUUUUUUUAUUUAUUUUUUUGUUUACCAAUUUGAUUUUGAAACACAUCAAAAGAUUAUGCACUAUUACUGCCCACAUGUUGUGGACGUUUAAGUUGACUCAAACAUGAGUAGAUUUAAAUUGACCUUCACAUGGCAGGUGGAUAUCAUCAGUCCAGUUUUUCUCUCUUUCAAUUCCAGACAUCUUAAUAAAUCACCACUAUGGUUAAAAUGCUGAAAGAGACUAGAUUGUUUUGCCUUUCAUUGUAGAGUUGCAGGUGCAUGUUGAUGGGUUAUGUCAGACUCCCCUGUAUCUCUGUUUUUAUUGACCUUGAUCAUCAGUAAAUUGAUGCUUAAAGUACUGAAGACUGUGUCUACUAUGUACGUUUGAAGUACUAAUAAAAUCAAGAAAAGCAGC